CUCCGCCCCCCACACACACAGUCGCCUGCAUUGUACAAUGCGUUGUGUUGGCUCUCGGUGAAUGUUGCGUUGUCUUUGCAGGAUUUCCGGAAGUUACUGAAGAGAGAGGACCGCCCGCUGCUCAUGAUGUUCUACGCCCCGUGGUGCAGUGUGUGUAAGAGGAUGAUGCCGACGUACCAGCAGGCCGCCACCGAACUGAAGGGCACCUAUGUUCUGGCCGGGAUGAAUGUUCACCCUCCGGAGUUUGAGCGGCUGAAAGAGGAGUACAGUGUGAAGGGUUAUCCCACCAUCCUCUACUUCGAGAAAGGGAAAUAUAUGUUCAACUUUGAGAAGUACGGAGCCACUGCCAAGGACAUCGCCGACUGGUUAAAAAAUCCGCAGGCGCCCGCCCCUGAAGCCCCGGAGGUGCCAUGGUCAGAACAGGAAAGCGCGGUCCAUCACCUGACCGAGGCGGACUUUGACGACUUCCUCAAGGAUCACCCGUCUGCCCUCGUUAUGUUCUACGCCCCAUGGUGCGGACACUGCAAGAAAAUGAAGCCGGAUUAUGAGAAAGCUGCCGAAAAGCUUCAGGCGGAAGAUGGCGGAGCAUUGGCGGCGGUGGACGCGACCGUGCAAAGGUCCCUGGCCGAGCGCUUCAAAAUCUCCGGCUUCCCGACCUUGAAGUACUUUGAGGAGGGCGAGGACAAGUACACGCUGCCUCACCUGCGCUCGGAGCAGAAGAUCGUGGAGUACAUGCGCAACCCUGAGGCCCCGCCCCCUCCCGAGCCGGCCUGGGAAGACAAGCCGUCCAGUGUGUUGCACCUCCUGGGGGAAGAUUUCAAGGAGAACCUGAAGAAGAAGAAGCACGCGCUCGUCAUGUUCUACGCUCCCUGGUGUCCGCACUGUAAGAGCUCCAUCACCGACUUCACCUCUGCAGCUGAAGAGUUCAAAGAGGAUCGCAAGAUCGCCUACGGCGCGGUGGACUGUACCAAAGAGAAGAACCAGGAGCUGUGUAAGGUGGAGGGGGUGGAGGGCUUCCCCACCUUCAACUACUACAACUACGGCAAAUUCAUCGAGAAAUACAACGGAGAGCGCGCGGAAUCCGGGUUUGUCGGUUUCAUACGCUCUCUGCGGGAGAAGGAUCACGUCAAGCUGGGCAAGAAGAAAGAAGAGCUUUAACCCCGGACGCCGCUACGGGAACGUCGCCCCACUUCCAGGACCAAGAACCCCACCCCCCAAGAACAGCUCCGUUGCGGUGCGCUCCGCAGACUCUCCGCACCUUCCUCCCCUCCC